AUGAGCUCAGACCCAGACUCCAUCAGCCCCAAGGAGGUCAAGGUUGUCAAUGACGACGCUGUCCAUAUGAGCUCUACCAAUGCGCCCAUUGAGGGAGAAGACUACCACCGAUCGCACCGCGACUUUCCCGCCCAUGGACACAACCCUUCACUCCAGAGGGACGUCGAUGAGAACCCGGACUUGGCUCUGCACUACUCCCACGAGCAUCAACACAGGCACGUCCACCACGGCCGGCCUUCGUUGACCGGUCGCCGUGACGAAGUCCUCUACGCGGAUGGCACCACCAUCGAUGAACAUAUUGGGAGCAAAAAUCCUCAAGACUAUGUCAAACACAAGCUUCGGGGACCCUCGGGACCAGUCGACGAAAAGGACUUCAUCAGUACCGGCGAUGCGGAGAAAGGAGACGUGGAUGCCACCCGAGUUCUGUCCAACGGGUCAGCAGACGACGGGAGGAGGCAUCGCUUUUCAAGAGCAUAUGGGAAAUACAAGAUCUUUGUCCACCUCUUCAUUUGGUUGCUGUUCACCGGAUGGUGGAUCGCUGGGUUGGUCCUGCACCGCCACGACCUGGGCUGGCUGAAACCUUUCCUCCUCUAUCUCGCCAUCACCUUGCGCCUGAUCUUCUUCUGGGUGCCCAUUACCAUCGUCACCCGACCAAUGCAUUUCGUCUGGAACAACACGGGUGUCAAGGUCUACCAGGCUAUCCCAGAGAAGCUCCGCAUCUGGCUUGCCGCGCUGGUGGCUCUCGCGGUCAUCCUGGUGGGGUCAUUUGUCUCCGAAGAGUCUGCCGAUAAUACUCGUGGAAAUCGUGCUAUCUCCCUCCUGGGGCUUGCCGUCAUGAUCGCCCUUCUUUGGAUUACUUCGCGUGAUCGCCGCAAGAUUCGCUGGCACACUGUCAUCGGCGGCAUGUUGACGCAGUUCGUCAUUGCGGUAUUCGUGCUCCGAACACAAGCCGGUUACGACAUUUUCAACUUCAUCUCCUUCCUCGCUCGCCAGUUACUGGGAUUCGCAGACCAGGGUACCUCGUUCUUGACGGCGGAUAGUGUGGUUGAUCUGCACUGGUUCUUGACCGGAGUCGUCCCACCGAUCAUCUUCUUCGUCUCCCUCGUGCAGGUUCUGUAUUACCUGGGUAUUCUGCAAUGGUUCAUCGGCAAAUUCGCCGUGUUUUUCUUCUGGACCUUGCGUGUCUCGGGUGCCGAGGCUGUCGUGGCCGCAGCUUCUCCCUUCAUUGGUCAAGGAGAAUCGGCCAUGCUGGUGCGCCCCUUCGUGCCUCACUUGACCCUGGCCGAGAUCCAUCAAGUCAUGUGCUCUGGCUUCGCUACUAUUGCCGGGUCCGUGCUAGUCGCUUAUAUCGGGCUGGGAUUGAAUCCCCAGGCCUUGGUGUCUUCAUGUAUCAUGUCGAUUCCGGCGUCGUUGGCGGUGUCAAAGAUGCGAUAUCCGGAAACGGAGGAGACCAUUACCUCAGGCCGAGUGGUCAUCCCUGACGACGAUGAACACCGCGCAACGAACGCCUUGCACGCUUUUGCCAAUGGCGCUUGGCUUGGUAUCAAGAUCGCGGGCAUGAUUGUGGCCACUUUGCUUUGUAUUAUCGCACUGAUUGGGUUGAUCAACGCCCUUCUCGGGUGGUGGGGAAGAUACAUCAACAUCACCCAGGAUGGCGGACCAUAUCUAACCCUCCAACUGAUCCUGGGGUACAUAUGCUAUCCUGUGGCCUUCCUUUUGGGUGUGCCUCGUGAUGACCUGCUCCAAGUGGGUCAACUCAUCGGGAUCAAGGUCAUCGCGAACGAGUUCGUGGCGUAUAACUCUCUCACCAGCGAGCCACAGUAUAUCAAUAUGAGCCCGCGGUCGAGGCUGAUUGCGACCUACGCCUUGUGCGGGUUUGGCAACUUCGGCUCCCUGGGUACCCAGAUCGGCGUGCUCAGCCAGAUCGCACCUUCUCGUGCCGGCGACGUUUCUCGUGUGGCGCUCUCGGCCUUGUUCUCCGGCGUUCUCUCGACGUUGACCAGUGCAAGUAUCGCCGGCAUGUUGGUGACGGAUCAGGUUACCUUGAGUCAGAAGAGUUCUUAG